AUGAGCUCUGAAAACUGGACUCAGAUAACAGGAUUUGUCCUACUGGGCUUUCCCAGUAACCACAUCCUGCAGAUGCUUCUGUUUCUGGGGUUGAUGGUGACAUACAUUGUAACAGUCACAGGCAACCUGCUAAUCAUAGUGCUCAGCUGGAUGGACCACCGCCUGCACACACAGAUGUACUUCUUCCUGAGGAACCUAUCCUUCCUGGAGCUGCUGCUGGUAUCUGUUGUGGUUCCCAAGAUGCUUGACAUCAUCCUCACAGGGGAUCACACCAUCUCAUUUGCCAGCUGCAUGAUCCAGUCCUAUCUCUACUUCCUCCUAGGCACUACCGACUUCUUCCUCUUAGCAGUCAUGUCUCUGGAUCGCUACUUGGCGAUCUGCCGACCUCUCCACYAUGAGACUCUGAUGAGUGGUUAUGUCUGUUCCCAGUUGGUGCUGGCUUCCUGGUUAGCUGGGUUCCUCUGGGUACUUUGCCCCACCAUCCUCAUGGUCAGCCUCCCUUUCUGUGGCCCCAACAGGAUUGACCACUUUUUCUGUGACAGUUGGCCCUUGCUGAGGCUCUCUUGUGGGGACACCUCCCUGCUGGAGCUGGUGGCUUUCCUGCUCUCUUCAUUGGUGUUACUGGGCUCUCUGACCUUGACCUCAGUCUAUGCCUUUAUCCUUGCCACUGUCCUCAGGGCCCCCACAGCUGCCGAGAAAAGAAAAGCCUUCUCCACCUGUGCCUCACACCUUACCAUGGUGGUUAUCUUCUAUGGCAGUUCCAUCUUUCUCUACAUCCGUUUGUCAGAGGCUCAGUCCAUGCUGCUCAACAAAGGUGUCUCUGUCCUGAAUUGUAUCAUCACACCUCUCCUGAACCCAUUUAUCUUCAGCCUCCGCAAUGACAAGGUGAAGCAGGUGCUGAGAGAUGCCCUGAGGUGGCACUGGUCCACUGUUUCCAGGAAACUAUGUGGGUCACAAGUAAAAGGAAAUAUCCCUAUUAAAUUGGGAAAUUAA